AGAAUAAAAAAAAAAAACGAUUAACUGAAAUCUCAAUGCGAUAAUAAAGUUCACCGGAUCAAGUCAGAAUUAGGUCUCAAAAGCACGCACGCACCUCCAACUGACACUAGUUUCGAAGAAGUUUUCAUUCUCGGUGAAAAUGGCUUUCGCGAUGGCUUCGCUACCGCUCCACUUACUGUGUCAGUUAAUCGCGCCCAAUGUAACUACGAAUCAUAAUAAUCAUGGUACCCCCGUGAACCAGUUGCAACAACAGCCAAGUGCCAUUCUUCCGGAAGGAUACGUCGAAUACCCUGGGCAAGGAGUAGCCUACAAGUAUCAUAUGGAAGAUUUGGUGUCUUGGAAAAAAGCUAGAGAACUAUGUGUUUCGGAAGGGGCUCAUUUGGCAGUGAUCGAUACCAGAGAAAAAUUUGAAUACGUUAUGAGAUCUCACCCUGGCGAUGCUUUUCAUGUGGGUUUAUAUGCACCGUACGAUGACAACGAUGAUUGGGUCAGUGUUACUAGUGGAGGAGCGCCUAUAUUGAACCUACCCUGGCAAUCUACCGAGCCCGAUUCUACUUACAGAUGUGCUGUGGCUAUAAAGGACGGACUCAGUAAUUACAGCUGUUCGCUUAGCCUAUGGUAUUUCAUAUGCGAACGUCCGAUUUCUUCCAGUGUCCCCGCGGGACCACGGACCACGGUGAAUGUCGCCGACAUCCACUAGAAUCGCGAACGCGUCGAGUGGCUUUUUCUUAUAUUUUUGAACAUGUCAAUUUUUAUUCAAUCUCGUCAUGUAUCUCACAUAAAUUGGUUCAGGAUGAACCUCUAAAAAUUAUUUCCCGAUCAUUGAACAAAAUUUUUUCGUCAACAACCCUCAGCCAUGAGGAUUGUCCUGUACUUACAAUUAGUAAUCUUGUCUUCUGCUCGCGAGAAGAAUUUUCUGUCAUGUGAAUUAUCGUGGGGCUCUUAUCUAGCUGUGUAAUCUUACAAACUGUGCCCUUGAUGAUUGUUCUCUCUGCUCUUCCAAAUUGUAGACUGGGAAAUGUAUUCGCUGAUGAGAUCGAGGAAUACCCGAGAGUCGGAUAAAAUUGUUGAUGAAUAAUCGAAUAAAGACGGCAAUCAUGAUCUCCUU